AUGCCGCUAGAAGAAGCCCUUGCAGAGCUAGAUACUUUGGGACCUGACGAUACACUUUCGUACCAAGCUCUUGCCAAAAAACAUGGUUAUUGCCGCUCAACUUUGACGCGCUGCCACCGCGGCGUAUGCGCGUCGCGUGAAGACAAGGCAAAAGACCAGCUAGUUCUCCACCCACGCGAUGAGGUAGAGAUUGUACAGUACGUCAAAUCGCUUACAGAGAGACACCUUAUGUCUACAAGAAAGGUUCUUGUGAGAAUAAUCACGCCUCUGUGCAGGUGGCCGCUGAGCGAUUGA